AUGGUGAAACAUCACGUUUUCUACACCUUUUCACGAGAAGCCAUCAAUUUCCUAGCGAUAAUCAAUUCGUCAAUUAAUUUUGUCAUUUAUAUAGUAUUUGGUAAAGAAUUUAGGAAGGAGCUAAUUAUCGUUUACGGCUGUGGAAUACGAAGUAUCACUAUGCGGCUACCGACGCAUGACAAGUUCAGUAUAUGGCGGACUUGGGGCAAGCGAGCUACAGCCGCAGCUAAGGGCCUGCGAGGGUCGAUCAGCGCCGGUGGCAGAAGCAAUUCGAGCACUCAUGGGUUAUCAAAAACGCCAAACCUGGAAUACUCCUCUUUGGACCAUCUGGAGCAAACGAGAUUCAUAAACGAUGUCAAGGACAUGAAUGGCAAGCUCACGAGGACAGAAGGCUCACCUAUUCGAAUAAUUCAAAAUGGCUCAGCUAAAUCAGUACAGGUGGAGCCAAUAAACGGCACUGCUGGACGACGAACAACGCUCACCCUCAUGUAUCCUAUAGCAGACAAUGAGAUGAACGGGCAGGUGGUAUUCUUGCCAGAUGGGGAGGGAACUUUAUGUUGA